AUGCUCAAAGAUCCUGCACAAAAUGAGGCAGAGGCAGCUGAAGAAUCCACUACGCAUCUGCAGCGAUGGGCCGCUCGCUUCGGUGGCGAUCACAUGGUUGCUAGCACACAAGUCAGCUUGAAGCCAGGCAAGGGUGAAGGGCCCUCUCCUCAACAAGAAGCAAAGAGUCUGCCAGAGAGGAAGCUAACUUUGAGGGAACUGAAACAUCACCACAAGUUCUGUGAUGACUUCAUCCCGCAACUCAUGACGAGGAUCGGACAAGACGACCAUGUCGAGACCCGAAGGCUGCUGGAGAGACUGAACCUUGUCAGCGGGGGGAAUGCAGCGCGUGGAGGCGGUUGGAUCGAGAGUGACGCGUACAAGCACGACGGAGCUCGAGCACCGCAGGGUAUGUUUCGAGACGAUUCAGGCAUGCUGCCAUGCUCUUCUUCGGCUGUUACGGGCUCCAUGGCAGAGGAGUGCUCAGAUCCCCAUCGUGCUCUUGCAUCCUUGCUGCCAGGAGCCUCUAGCGGUAGAUCGUUUCCUCGUGCCGCGUUGGGAGGCGAUAGGGCUGUAAGUCACGACACAGGACCCGGGAAGAGGGGAUGUACUGAGAGGAUGAAAAACAGCUUCAUCCUACGCGACUUCCUUGCCCAGACAACAGCCUUCAACUUCUUCAUCGCUGACCUGGAGAUCGGUUGGUCCAAGGUGGCAAGCCACGUGCUCCCCGUCUACGAGGAGUGUAGGAGGCAGUCAGCGGGAGAUUGCACCACGUUCACAAGGGCAAACAUCCUGUUUGAUCUCAGUCAUCCGGAGAACUCCGAGCUCCACGCUGCCAUCGUCGGCGAUGGUCCCAAUACUAGCCUGGACAUGAUCAUCUUCUCCUACGUCGUUGCCGAGAAUGCCGUCGAGCUGAAGGCGAGCCCUGCGGCUCUGAGACUCUCUGUUCAUAACGUUGCUGUGCUCUUCCUGGACAGCUCCUUCCGGAUGUGGCCGACCAUAGCUGAGGUUGGAGCGGCGCAUGGGUAUCAAGCGUCGAACCCCAGGAACGGCACGCCUGUAUUGUCUCCGUCACUCACUCCGCCCUCUCACAGGCAAACAAAGCAUUCCAAACUGGACACGAAGACCGAAGAGGGCAAUUCCGCGCUUACUCGCCAAGAAGUCUCAAUCCUCCAGUCAACCAUAUAA